UACCGCCGCAGCCGUCGCAGCUUCCUAGCCCCAACUCUUCUUUGCGGGCUCCGCUGCCCAGGACCUGCCCCAGGACCUGGGCCGGGUGAGAAGAGGCCUCGGAGCAUCUGCUCUGGCGGCCCCGACAAUCUGUUGGGCUCGCCGGCGUCGGCCCCAGCCAGGCUCCGCUUCUCCGCGCGAGGGGCCGCGGCGGUUGUGGCGGCGGAGCCCGGCAUGUAUCAGAGCCCGCGGCGGCUCUGCUCCGCCCUGCUGCAGAGGGACGCGCCCGGCCUGCGCCGCCUGCCCACCCCCGGGCUGCGCCGCCAGUCGUCCCCGCCGGCGGCUGUCCCCCGGCCCACAUCCCCCAGGCUCCUGGCGGCGGCCUCAGGCGCUGUGAGAUCGUGUUCCAGAACCGUGUAUUCCAUGGGAAACAGUACAAGCAGACUCUAUAGUGCUCUCGCCAAGACACUGAACAGCAGCACUGCCUCCCAACACUCAGAGUAUUUGGUGUCAUCUGACCCAGAACUGCUGGAGCCCAUUGAUCCUAAAGAACUUCUUGAAGAAUGCAGGGCUGUCCUGCACACUCGACCUCCUCGGUAUCAGAGGGAUUUUGUGGAUCUGAGGACAGAUUACCCCAGUAGACACCCACCCAUUCGGGUCAUGCAGUGGAACAUCCUCGCCCAAGCUCUUGGAGAAGGUAAAGACAACUUUGUACAGUGUCCCAUUGAAGCACUCAAAUGGGAAGAAAGGAAAUGUCUUAUCCUAGAGGAAAUUCUAGCCUAUGAGCCAGAUAUAUUAUGCCUCCAGGAGGUGGACCACUAUUUUGAUACCUUCCAUCCACUCCUCAGUAGACUGGGCUAUCAAGGCACAUUUUUCCCCAAGCCCUGGUCACCCUGUUUAGAUGUAGAACACAACAAUGGACCAGAUGGCUGUGCCUUGUUUUUUCUCCAAAACCGAUUCAAGCUGGUCAACAGUGCCAAUAUAAGGCUGACAGCUAUGACAUUGAAAACCAAUCAGGUGGCCAUUGCACAGACCCUCGAGUGCAAGGAGUCAGGUCGAGAGUUCUGUAUUGCUGUCACUCAUUUAAAAGCACGCACUGGCUGGGAACGAUUUCGAUCAGCUCAAGGCUGUGACCUUCUCCAAAACCUGCAAAAUAUCACUCAAGGAGCCAAGAUUCCACUUAUUGUUUGUGGGGACUUCAAUGCAGAGCCAACAGAAGAAGUCUACAAACACUUUGCUUCCUCCAGUCUCAACCUGAACAGUGCCUACAAGCUGCUGAGUGCUGAUGGGCAGUCAGAACCCCCGUAUACUACUUGGAAGAUCCGGACCUCAGGGGAGUGCCGGCAUACCCUGGAUUAUAUCUGGUAUUCUAAACAUGCACUGAGCGUAAAGUCAGCUCUUGAUUUGCUAACCGAAGAACAGAUUGGACCCAACCGGCUGCCAUCCUUCAAUUAUCCUUCCGACCAUCUGUCUCUAGUGUGUGACUUCAGUUUUAAUGAGGAACCUGAUGGACUUUUAUAAAUGCUUGUCUUAGUCUUUUUAAUCACAAGAGUCUUAACCAGGGCUGUUUGAGGAAACUGAAAUAGAAUAAGAAGUUGCCUGAGGAAGGAUAAGGAUAUGGAAAGUUUCUAUCAUUUUACUUCCAUGUCACCAGCAUGCCCUUGGGAAAGAAUCCCAUUAGUUCACAAAUGCUGUCAAUUAAAACAGAUAGCAAAAAAGGUAUUUGCACUCCAGUUUUGGCUUGUAUUAUUGUUUUCUUUUCCUUUUAGCAUUACAUUUUGAUCAUUGAAGGGCAUUAAAUUGGCUUUGUUUUGAAGCUUUUUCAGUUUGAGGAUGCAGUAAAAAAAUCAGACUUGCUUGAGUCCUCAAUUAACAGUAAGUAUGUAGGAGCAAUUUCUCUAGACAGCAUUUUAAGUUAUUUGUGGGUUUUUUUAAUGUCAAGAUGUGCAUGGCAGUAUUUUUAUAUUGUCAUGUAAUAUUAAUUAUAACAUUAUGAAAAUUUUAGAACCAUGCAAAACAUAAGUUAUAGAGAAAUUAAUUUAUGUAAUAAUUUUCUUAAAGCUUUAAAAUGUUUUAAUGGGGGGGCAUCUAACAAUGUGUAGCCUGGAGUUGUUACUUAAGUGUAUCAGGUCUCCUUGAUACAUUCUUCAUAAAUAAUCCUUACUGUGCCUCCUUGUUCCCCAUUAUUGUGUUUCAUUUUCAUUAUUUAAUCACUAUUAUGUAUUUAAGCUUUUUCAUUGGAAUAAUAUUGGUAUAUGUUUGAGGUCACUUAAUGUCAUUAUUAUUUGAAUUGGAAUGUGCUUGACAAUAGGUUAGUUAGAAGCUGUUUAAUUGGCAAUUGCUAAGAAAGUCAAUGGGGCCUUCUUUCCAGAGAUGAGAAACUUCCUACAAAACCUGUUAAUGGGUUGUCAUUGAAAAAAUUUCCUAAGAUAGCCAGAUACUGUGGUUUGAAACAUGUAGAAAGAAGAAUGUAAAAACUUAGAACUUUCCAUUAAGUGGCAAAGAUAACAGGUGAAGCCUCUUCCAAGCAAAGUAACCUACCAGUAAUAAAUUGAUAAAUAUUUUAAUUCCUGAGUUGUAAAUACUUAAGUUUGUUAAUAAAUGGUCUUUUAAAGUUA